CUAACAUUCACAAUUCAUUGUCAUCGUACACCAAUAAUUCUCUUCUCCCUUCUCCCGAUAACCUUCAUGAAUUUUCUCGUUCCAGCCGGCGAUAAUCUUUCUAAAAGCAUGCUUCUGGACCUGGAGAGUCCUUGAUAGUUCAUUUUCUUUUUCUCCCUUCCUUUCGUGACGUUGGUUCCCUAAAACGUCCGUUUCAUUCUAUCAAGAGACAACCCGAGAUAGGAUUAAUUUUUAAGGAUUGCAUCCCUUUCUCAGCAUCCCAAUACAUCCAUACCGAACUUUUAUCUGGUUGUGAAGUGGACAUCUCGAUCUUGCCUCUACCACAUAAUUGGUAUAUUACGGCAGCUUGGGAUUAAGUCUAGAAGGUUCUAGGACUGCCCUAUUAUCUAUCCAUACCGGCAUUCUCGCAUCCAGAAUUUCCGACGACUCUCUAGACAACUACCCUUCCAACCUGCCCACCAUGGCUUCUUCGUCCUCCGCCGUUAAUAAUCCGAACCCCCAGAAUAUCAAUUCUCUUCUAUCCCGAAUGUCAGAUGCUGAUCCCGACUUUCGGUUCAUGUCGUUAAACGAUUUGCAUCAGAUCCUCACCAAGCAGAAGGCAGAGUUCUUGAACCACGAUUAUGGCACUUCAUCGCGUAUUAUGGAUAGCGUUGUUGCACAUCUGGACGACCAAAAUGGAGAGGUACAGAAUUUAGCAGUCAAGUGCAUUGGCCCAUUAGUUACUAAGAUUCCUAUUGCGGCAUUGUCUACUAUGUUGGAUAAGCUUUGUACAAUGGAAAUCAAGAACGCAGUCGACAAUUCCAUUCAGUCCAUGGCCCUUCGCAACGCGAUCACGUCGCUACCCAGACCCGUCCGAGGCGUGACUCCAACUCAAGAUGUCAUUCAAACCUACACAGUCAUUAGCCGUGCCCUCAUUCCACGCAUACUGGGUGUUUCAACCCCCGAUCAUCCAAUUGGUGGGACACGCGGAAUACUGGACAGGAAUAGAGAUCCUGAUACUGAGGCUGUCGAUGUACUUAUCGAGGUUGUUCGAUGUUUUGGACCCCUGCUGCAACCCCUAGAGGUUGAGAAACUACAAGAUGUCGUGGUCCAGGUGUUGGAGAGAGCGUCCACACCAUCCCCCACCAAGAAACGAGCAGUUGUUGCGCUUGCUAUCCUUGCGCCUUAUCUUACGACUGAAAUUCUCGAUAAUUUCGUUACAAAACUUCGCAAGAAUCUCCAGCAACCCAAAAUUAAUCCCGUCAUACGUCGCCUGUACAUUUCUAUCAUGGGUUCACUUGCUCGAUCGAUUCCUCACAAGUUUGGCAGCUACUUGCCACUGCUUAUUGAAUUCGUCUUAUCUCCCUUGGGCCAAGAGGAAUUUCAGAGCCGACUGGAUGCGCUUAAUGAGGGCAACGAUCAAUUACAUCCUGAGUUUAACGAAAUCAGCGAGACUGCUUUAGUCGCUCUUGAAUCGUUUCUCACAUCUUGUGGUCUACAGAUGAGAGAUUAUACUGAUAAGGUCAUUGCUGCAUGUCUUCGUUAUCUAAAAUACGACCCCAACUAUGCGGUCGAUGAAGAUGAAGAGAUGGAUGAAAACGAAGAAGAUGACGACGACGAAGAAGUUGAUGACGACGAUGAAUUUGAAGACGAUGUUGGUUUUGACGAUGACGAUGAUCCAAGCUGGAAAGUCCGCAGAUGUGCUGCAAAAGCAUUGUACACUCUAGUUUCGAUGCGCAGCGCCGACUUACUAGAAAAGGGGACUUUAUAUAAUGACAUUGCUUCCCCGUUGGUCAAGCGUUUCGACGAACGCGAGGAGAGUGUUCGACUUGAAGUCAUCAGCACUAUGUCUUUGCUAAUUCGCAAAACCGGCGAAGGCGUAAUCCAAUCCAUCUCAGCCGACGAAGAACUUGUUCCUUCUCUCGGAGAGAACCGAAAACGCCGCAGACAGAGCAGUGGUGGUAUCGCAUAUACUAACAAGGCGCCCUAUCUUGGGGCAACUGGACUUACGUCUCCCGCUCGUGAAUCGGUGCCUCCUACCGGACCGCGCGCUGAUCUUCAAAAACUCACCCCCCAGAUCGUCAAAGUAGCUACAAAACUACUAAAAGGCAAACAGAUUGCUACGAAGCAAGCAAUUAUCAACCUGUUAGACGAUUUGAUUGCAGUGCAGAAUGGCGGCUUGUCCGAUUAUUUCGACCAGGUUAUGCAGCCGAUAAUCGACGUUACCAAAGGUAUGACAGGGGGUGCAAGCUCGACGUCGAUGACUUUAUCAGGUGCCGCAUCGGCUACUGCUACUACACUAAGAGUGGCGGUCCUUCAUUUCACAAGCGAUAUCGUAAAGACGCACUCCUCGAGUCUAUUCCAACAUUUCCUUGAGAGCAUCGUUACAGGAGUGGUAUCUGCUGUUCGCGAUAGAUUUUACAAGAUCUCAAGUGAGGCUAUUCGGACGGCGGAGGAGUUAGUCAAGGCUAUCACUCCUCCCAGGGCUAGGCUUACGAUCCAGAAGUACAAACCACAAUUGCAGAAGCUGUACGACAUUAUACUUGAUCGUGCCUCAGCAGCUGACGCUGACGCUGAGGUGCGCCAGAAGGCUAUUCAAGCACUUGGAACAUUGAUCUCUAGGACAUCAUCAUCAGACGGAAUCGCUCUGAUCCCUGCCGAUAAGCGACAAGGUGCAUUAGAUUUGCUUUUAGAUCGCUUGCGAAAUGAAACAACGCGUCUAUAUGCUGUACGAGCAAUCGACAACGUUGCAGCACAUUCGUCGACCCCGGGGAGUCUCGAGACAGCGUGGAUCGAGAAGGUCACGUUGGAGCUCUGCGGUCAACUGCGGAAGUCGAACCGCGCUCUUCGAAGCUCUUGCAUUCAAGCAUUGCAGCACCUGAUUCUAAGCCCAGUAGUCAAAGGUCAGAUUCAAGCAGCCACAGCUAGCGAGAUUGUAGCUGCUAUUUUACCUGUGAUUACUGCGAAUGAUGCUUAUCUCUUAAGCCCGGCCCUGCUAGUCGUCGCCCAAUUGCAAUUGGAGCACCCUCAGCUAGUAUCUUCGACAGUCUUCAUCGAUACUAUCUGCGAACUUCUCAAGAAGAAUGUCGGUGGCUUGGCCUUAGAAUCCUUGGUCACUCUCGUGUCAAAUGUUGGCUUAAGUGGUAUGGGUAAGCCUUUGAUGGAAGGUGUUCUAGGAGUUGGCGUUGCGGGUGAUCCGACUGUCGUUGGAAAGGUUGCCGGAGCCCUGUUCGUCGCAAGCGGGGGUCGGGUUGGUGUGAACGUCGAGAGUUUUAUCGACGAACUUAACAAAUCUAGUAGAUUGACGCCACCUGAUACUGCCCGACAAAGUCUCGCAUUAGCCAUCCUAGGAGAAAUUGGUUUGCGACUCGGGCCAAAUUCCCACCUUCAGCCAAGUAUUUUCUUGGAGCAAUUCCACGAUGAGCCGGACAAGGUAUCAGUCUCUGCUGCCGUGGCUUUAGGCCGUGCAGGUGCGGGAAAUAUGUCCGUAUUCCUACCGAUUAUUUUAACCGCCAUCAAGAAGUCGGGCAGCCAACAGUACCUGCUUCUCCAGUCCAUUCGGGAAGUCUUGCACCAGGUUGUUGCAUCAUCGGCUGAUAUUAGUUUGUAUGAGAGUGAGAUUUGGGGAUUGCUAUUUACGGCGUCUCAAACUGAAGACAACCGAGCCAUUUGUGCAGAGUGCAUAGGACGACUAGCUAUAAUGGAACCCAAGACCUAUAUUCCCAAACUCCAGGAAUUGUUGGGAGACAAAUCACCUGUCUUCAGAGGCGUGGCUGUACAGGCCCUCCGAUACACAUUGCCAGACAGCGACGAGUCAUUCGAUCUUAUGCUGAAGCCCGUACUGGUCGACAUGCUCCUAAGAGUAUUGAAAGAUGAGGACAUGGACAUCCGCCGCAUUGGCAUGACAGCAUUGAACUCGGCAACCCACAACAAACCCGACUUAAUCCUACCGCAUCUCGGCGAAUUAAUACCCUUCGUCAUAACCGAAUCCGUUAUCAAGCCAGAGCUUAUUCACGAGGUUCAGAUGGGGCCAUUCAAGCAUCUUGUAGAUGACGGAUUAGAGGUUCGCAAGAGCGCAUACGAAACCUUGUAUGCUCUUAUGGAAACAGCGUUCUCUCGCAUUAGCUCGCUUGAGUUUUAUGACCGAAUCAUCGCCGGCCUCAACGACGAGAAUGAUAUUCGGUCACUUUGUAAUCUCAUGCUUAGCAAGCUGAUUGCCAUUGACCCGGAAGAAACUACUCGACGGCUAGAUACGGUGGCGGAGUGCUACAGGAAGACUUUAUCCACUAAGCUUAGAGACGGCGCGGUAAAGCAAGAAGUCGAAAAGCAAGAGGAGGCUAUUAAGAGUGUGUUGCGCGUCACCAUUCUGCUUGUGGAGAAGACCAAGACUACGCUACCGGGAGUUGCCGGUCCUGGUAGCGCCGGUCAAGCUCAGGUACAGCAGUCGGUGCAGAAUCCCAUUUGGCAGCAGUACUGGGAAUGGGUCAACAAGGACUUUGAACGCCAGCUGAAGACAUUGCGUGAAGAGAAUAAGGAGAUGGGCAUGUGAAGGCGAAGAGUGAAGAGUGGGAGUGAGCUUGAGAAUUGCAUUGUGAAGGAUCUGACGGAUGAUUGCGACACCACGCACUACAACAAGUCAUCAACUAAUGCUACGCAGAAAGAUAUCCGUUAUUCACUUCACGGCAUACACUCUCGGUUCAGGGCUGUUGGCUAGGUCAUGUCACAUAAUGCCAGACCAAAGAAAAAAAGAAAAAAACACCUAGAAUUAGUACAUACACCUUGUACUUGUUCAUAGCUACUAUUGCAUCAA